AUGCAAUCCCACCACAUCCAGGACGGGCAUAAACAUGCCUUGUAUGAGAUGGUCCUUGGUUCCCCUGAUUGGUACCCCUUUAUGCUGCCACAGCAUGAUCCUCGCAGGGGGCAAUGGCACGAUCCACGCACCGGAGUGGCAUCGGUGCGGGCCUGGCAGCGCCAGCGCCACAAGCCUCACACAGGCACUGCCGUCACUGAGAGCCUCGUGCGCAUGCUCGCUGCCCUGUCUGCAUGGAAGAAGACCAUCUACAAGAGCGUCCUUCUCUCCUUCGCGCUGGUAGUGACGGUGAUGCUGUUGCAAAAAGGCAGCGUUCCCAACCAGUUCUUUCAGAGCCAGCCUCAGAAAUCCCCUUUCUCCCAAGAGAAAACCAUCAAAAAUCAGAAGAGGGAUGAGGUGAUGUCCCUCACCAACAAUUUCUGGAAAAAGGCGGUGAACGUCCCUCCGCCCGCCGUCAAACCAACCGAGAAGGCGGUGACGUCCUGGGACGUCACGACCACCAACUGCACGGCCAACCUCAACUUCACCAAGGAGGAUUGGUUCAAAAGCCUGGAGCCCCAUUUCCAGCAGUUUCUCUUCUACCGUCACUGUCGUUACUUCCCCAUCCUCAUCCACCACCCGGAGAAGUGCAGCAGCGAGAUCGACCUGCUCAUUGUGGUGAAGUCCGUCAUAACGCAGCACGAUCGCCGGGAAGCCAUCCGUCGGACGUGGGGUCAAGAGCGAGUGCUGGGUGGGAAAAAAAUCAAGACCCUCUUCCUGUUGGGCAUUGCCUCCAAAGAAGAGGAGCGGCCCAACUACCAGAAGCUUUUGGAGUACGAGGAUCGGAUCUACGGCGACAUCCUGCAGUGGGACUUCCUGGAUACCUUUUUCAACCUCACCUUGAAGGAAAUUCAUUUCCUCAAGUGGUUCAACAUCUACUGCCACCAGGUCCGGUACGUCUUCAAAGGGGACGACGAUGUCUUCAUGAGUCCCGAGAACAUCUUGGAGUUCCUCAAGGAUCAGAAAGGAGGGGACCUCUUCGUGGGCGACGUCCUGGUCAAGGCGAGGCCCAUUCGCAAGAAGGAAAACAAGUACUACAUCCCCAACUCUUUGUACAGCAAGACGUACUACCCACCCUACGCGGGCGGAGGGGGCUUCGUGAUGGACGGCCCCUUGGCCAAGCGUCUCCACAAAGCCUCCGAAAACCGGGAGCUGUACCCCAUCGACGACGUCUACCUGGGGAUGUGUCUCGAGGACCUCCAGGUGGCCCCCGUGGCUCACACCGGCUUCAAAACCUUCGGCCUGGUGAAGAACAAGAACAGCAAAAUGAACCGGGAACCCUGUUUCUACAAAAGCAUGUUGGUGGUCCAUAAACUUCAGCCGCCCGACCUGCUCAACAUGUGGGAGUUGGUCCAUAAACAUUUGUCCUGCUCCAAGAAAGCCAACAUCCUUUAGCUCCCCCCAGUUUUGGUCAUGGAGGAAGAUUGCCAGGAGACCCCCAAGAUCCUGGUGGAAAAUUUUCUCCCCUCUUCUAAUGAAGUUGAAAGAAAGCAGGGCGACAUUGACCGAUGGGAA